CCGCGCGCGACGCAUCUUCUCUGAUGCUGGCCCUUAUUUCUACGAUCAUCGUCAGCGAACGAAGCACGUGGCCAUUGACUUUGCAUUUGGGUCGAGAAGAAUUUUCACGUUGUUUCGUUUUUUUUUUUUUUUCAUAAGAGCCACGUGACGCUUUUUGAUAACAGGAUUAUUCAAGUGACCGAACGUUGUUCUCACGUGUGCGAGGAAACUGUGUUAUACGAAUUAAAAAAGGGGUGAAUAAAGCUAAUUUGUAUUUCGAAUCAACGUGAGACGUUGACGAUCGAAUUUAUCCUUUUUUUUUUAAGGGGUGGCUAUAUCUCAGGGUGAAAGCAGACCGGAUAUGCGAGUAGCUGAAGUUAGUCAAGCUCGGAUCUCAAAUUGAUAACUGGUCGUUAAAGAGUGAUCGUAAAGAACCAUAUGCCUCGUAAACUUUCACGUGUCAAAGUUCACGAGAAGAUAAAGAGCGAGUAUAUCAACGUCUAAGAAUAAAGUGUAUCAGAUAUACCAUAUGUGAUAAGUAAAAGUGAUUUACGAAAAAAAAAAAGUUAUCCAUAAAAGUGAUGUUUUUCCAAUAAAUUUGUUCGUGGGUUCGAAAAGUGUUGAGUGAAAAUUUGGAAGAUAAAAAAAUUUUUUUUUUUUUAACAAUAUUUUCUUAGUCAAAACUCAAAGAAUUCAUACGGACGGAUUUUUCAUAUUUUCAUUGGCCUCAUUAUCUUAAUGAAUGUUGUUUCACUCGGCAGUUGUGAUUGUGAUAGUUAAAGUGCGGCAUACCAGUGCUUCUCAGUCUGAAUUCAUAAAUGUACGAAGGCAAAACUCUACGAUGGUGGCUCAGCUUCCGCAACAAGUUCUUCUGCUUCUCGUACUCGUUACCGGGGCCUCUAUGGGAGUCACCUACGGCACUCAGCAACCCUACUGGAUCACGAGCAACCCCCGAAGGUCCAACCGACCCUUACGUUCAACUACCAUGUCGUACGCGGUUAGAAGAAGUGCGGAGAAGUCGGGGCCAAGUACCACGGAGAAUUCGUUGGGGUUGAUUCGUCGUCGUUUGGACCAAUCCGGGGUGGAGUUUGUUAUUGAGGAUAGCGAAGGACUAGCCAAGGGGAUGAACUUCAAAGAAGUCGGCGUACAAAAAUUGACGAGUACCACGAGUACGUCGCAGCCCUUAGAAAAUGAUUCGAGCGGAUCGACGCAUGAGGAACCACUGAGUCUUCAGCUUCGUAGCCAUCCAGAGCCGCUAGCCGCACAUGAAACCAAAGUGCCCUCGGAUGGGAAUUCAGGCUGGACGGAUAUCGACCUGAGCACAGCGACGUCGACGUCGUCUUCCACCGCAGUGGGAUUUCCCAGACGAUACAUGAGAGACACCAACAAGACAAUAUGUCAUCAAUUCGAAAUUGGGGACGUGGCCAAGCAUGAAUUCUACAGUCCAAAUUACCCCAAGAACUACCCCAGUAACGUGGAUUGCGUUAGGGUACUGGAAGCCGAUACGGGGAUGCUCAUUAAGCUCGACUUUCGGGAUCGCUUCCAUCUGGAACCGAGCUUGAACUGCCGUUACGAUUUUCUUAAAGUUCGGGAUGGUCAAUACGGCUUUUCCAACCAGAUCGGCAACUUUUGCGGCAACAGCUAUCCACCGGAACUCACGUCGAAGACCCGAUUCCUCUGGCUGCACUUUCACAGCGACGAGAACAUCGAGUACAGUGGUUUCAAAGCUGUGUGGAGCAUGAUACCCAGGCCCACGUACCCUGGGGUACCAAUGGAACCGAAGCCUUGCGUAAUAAACGUAACGGGAGUGGAAGCAAAGAUCCAGAGCGAUGACGUUCAUGAUCGAAAAUUACAAGCGGAAAAGGAUGGAAUCCCUUUGGAUUGCAUGUGGGUGAUGACCGUCGAGGAAGGGUACAAGGUUCAGAUAUCAUUUCCCGUCUUUAAGCUGGACAAGCCGAACGAGUGCGACCUCAAUUUUGUGCAGGUCUUUGAUGGCAAGACAGAUGACACUGCCAAGAGCAAAACAUUAUGUGGCAGUAUUGCUGAGAUUUUUCGUGCUGAAAGCAACGUCAUGUACGUUCGGUUCUACGUCCUACCGCAGGCCUUCAACAGUACCUUCGAAGCUCUGAUGACGGCUGGGCGGGAAAUUAAGAGCACACAGGGAUGCGACGCGAACGAAUUUAAUUGCGAGGACGCGUUUUGCAUCGCACACAACUUAAAGUGCAAUGGAAACGUGAAUUGCGAAUUGCGCUGGGACGAGGAUGAGUCUACGUGUGGGUUGAACAAGGGAAGUAUGAUUAUAGACUCUGAACAUAUCAUCAUCAUUCUCGUUGUUUUUUCAUUGAUAAUGUUCGGCAUGUGCUUCGCCUUUAUCUUCAACUGCGUCAGGAAGCUCAUUCGCGACCACCGAAUAAUACAGGAACACAUCAGACAGUCCAGGGAAAAUCGUCUGGACGAAAUUGGCCGGAAAUCGACACCCUGUCCCAUAUCCGCUUCCAGAACGGAUAUCCACGAUAGGAGCAGUGAAUCUCCGAGUGUCGAAAUGGUGCCCAGCAAGGAAUUGCUGCCGCCCAAUACAAUAAUAGCGCAAAAGUACACGGACUUGGUCCUGGAGAUGCAUUACAGUAACAAAGACAUGCACGACAUUCAUCAGAGCAAUAACGUCAGCAAUGCGACUCAGGAACGUCUUCAGGAAUCAAGCGAGGAGCCUGAGAUGAUAAGCAAGUGCUGUCAGACCAGAGAAAGUCUAUUCGAUCCAAGACUUUCGCAAUCUGGUAUAUCACCUCCGACCCUGUCGACCUUUGGCUAUCGUCAGGGUAGUCUGCAACAGAGUCCCAAGCUUCCAUCGCAGCCUCAGAGUCUUCAGAGCUCUCAGUAUUCUCAUCAGUCACAGUGCUCCGGAUGCAGUCCAGCUUCCAGAGGACGAGACGGUACCAUGGGUAUAUGUCCACAUCACAAUCCGAUACCUGCACCUCCUGGAUGGUCCACCCACGAGAUAGCGCAUCCUUUGCACUUCCCGGAAACGACUGAUUAUCCAAGCUAUCAAAGAUUCCAGUCGCCUAAACCAAUCAGAGAGAACUUCCAGUCACCGACCCGUACAAGGCAACCUACCGUAGGAUCUGGCGAACGUUACGGAAGUUCGGUGUAUGGCUCUGGUCAGGAGUCCAGCAAUACCGGAAGUAACGGUAACAGCAACUCCCAGCACUCCGCCACCCCGAAAUUCAGCGAUCCCAGGUACAGGGCGGAGGCUGUUAUAGAAGUGGACCAAAAGCGACCGUUCAGUAUAGAGAGUACCAAGAGUGCGCCGGAUGUUAUCGCAACGCACUGACGUCGGGGCGUUGGGGAUUGGGAGCCUUAUCGGAGACGCCAUCCCCGGCAGAAUACCGACGACAGCCAACAAAGAGUAAGCGUCGCGACGCAAAGCUCUCUCGACGAUGAUGCCUCGACGACCUCGACAGCGGAACUGUCCUCUUCCUGAUUAACGUGCAAAAGGAGUCCCGGCCCGAUCCUGAAGCCUCCUGAGCGUUUCCGGCCUCUACGUUGUAGAGCGUCUUCCUUGGCCUGGCAACACUGCAAGUGCUCAGGACAUUCGCACUUGCCCGUGAGGCCACCUGCGAUGUCCUGUUGCGUCCUUAGGCAUAAGGACAUACCCAUGUACAGCACGUGGCCAAACAGGACCAGCAGACAAAGAGCCGCUAGAGUCCUGCUGUUAAAUCGAAAUUUAAUCGAGGAUGAAAAGAUGACUCGGGAGGGUCGUGAUCAUGAAGUCGGUGCCUCCAUUCCUUUUUAGGGGUCAAAGAUAACCCGGAUGAUCUCAAUGCUGAUAAUCUGGUAUCUAUCGAUAUUUCUUUUUUUUUUUUCAAUAUUUUCACGUCUUUUUCAUUCCGGGGUUUAUUAAAUGCGGGAAGUUCUAGGUUCUCUCGCUUUUUUUUUUUUUUUCUUUAGCUUGUAUCCAUUGCGCAUAACUUGAAACGAUUCUAUUCUCGGGGAUUUUGUUCCGUGAAACAUGAAGAAUAUUCUCUUGCGACUGUCUGGAGUCUGGCGGAAAUUGGACGGAUGCCGAAACCCAAUCGGGAACUAGGCAAGCAGAUUGUUGUAAUAAUAGUCCUUAUGAUGAGAAUGGACCAAUGCCGUGUGGCCAACAGGUUUUCAUGUGUAUGCUUCGAGAAGAAUGGUAUAGAUAGGCUCAGGUGAAUAUUCCAAAUGAAAUUGAAAAUAUUCCAGGUCGUAUAUUGGAACAGAAUUAUCCACAAGAGGGAUUUGUCUGAUCAACAAAAAACCCAAGGGGAAGAAUAUGGAUAAUUCCUUAAGGUAGAAU